GCGUUAAUACGAGAGCGCGAGUCCCGAAUGUCAUACGUAUACCAUAGUGUUAAGUCAGUUACUGACCAUCUGUCUCCGCGUACAAGGUUCCCUCGAGCCACGUGUCUUUGGUAAGGAAACCCAGCAAGUCCGAUUCGGAACCACAGUUAUUUAACUGGUCCAUAAAAAGGUAUCUUCAGUAAUAGUGGAGAAAAGCGGAGACAAGGAUAGCUGCUGAAAAUGGCGCUGCUGUAUUGUAUGCCCUUGGUGGCCUUUAUGUUCUACAAGUCAACGCAAAGCUGGAAAGCGGCAGUGGCAUGCUUGAUUUACCUCGGCGGCCUCGCGUGGUUGGGAAUACUGACCACACUGCUGACGGUGUCAUUGACCCUCGUUCUGGCCUUCAUACUGCUGGAGUUCAUGCACACGCCUAUCCCCGAGGGAGUCACCGAGGUCUGGGGUGCCCGCAUUCUAGACGCCGCUCUAAGAUUCAACGGAAAGUUUAUUUUAAAACUUCACGACUUUGGUGUGAGAGGCGGAUGCUGUCGUGCGACCCGGAAGUUGGUAGACGUGGUUCUUAAGACGCUCAUUACCGGAAGUCCGUUUGGUAAAGGAGCUGACCCGAAACUAAAUAUCUUCGACUCCAAUUUUGACGGAGUAGGUGUCCGUGUGUAUGAGCCCGUAGACGCGACGGGCCCCAAGAGACCCGCUCUCGUCUAUUACCACGGUGGUGGCUGGUCAUGGCUCUCCGUCGAUGUUUACGAUCCAGCGAACCGUGAGCUUGCCAAGAGAGUUGGAAUGGUCGUCAUUGCAGUAGAUUAUCGACAAUCGCCGGAACAUCCUCACCCCAUUCCGUUCAACGACUGUCUUAAGGUCACAGAGUACGUCUUAAAGAAUGGUACUAAGCUAAAAAUAGAUCCCAACAGGAUCGCAAUCUCAGGGGACAGCGCAGGUGGCCAUCUUACCGCCGCCGUAUCACUCCGCCUGAAAAAGAAGAUCAAAAUCCAAAUUCCUAUCUACCCCUGUCUGCAGCUUUUCGAUCUUAAAACGCCGUCCUAUAUCGAAAACAAAGACUUCAUUCCCGGCAUGCUUUGCGACAUCUCUAUGCUUGCCUAUUGGCUGAACUAUGGGAAUAUCAGCUACGAUCACAUGGACAUGAUCUUAGCCAAUGAGCACACUUCUCCAACUCUUAAGAAAUCAAAGUACGCCGAUUAUGUCUCCCCGAAGUGGUACAUGAACGAAUACAUCCGCUCGGAGAAACUGCGUCACAUGGAGAAGCCCACAGACUUUGGAAAUGAGGAACUGUCGAAAAUCGUUGAAAAAACAAUCCUGGAUCCGUACUUUGCACCCUUAAUGGCCGACGAAGAAGAGUUCAAAGAUCUUCCUCAGACGUACGUUCUGACGGCCGGAUAUGACGUGCUUCGCGACGACGGACUGAUCUACUACCAGCGCUGCAAAGCCGCCGGGGUACCCGCGCACUUAGCACACUACGAAGACGGCUUCCAUGGGAUGAUUUUCUUCUUCGCCGGUCCAAUGCCGUUCCAAGUUGGAAAAAGGGCAAUGAACGAUCUAGUCAAGUACUUGAAGGAAAAUUUGUAAUGUAGUUUUAGUUAUAAGUUAACCAAUUUUGUAGAAUUUGUAGAAUAAAGAAAAUAAACCUGUUCACGAACAGCGAUUUGUGAAUGCAUAACA